AUGUCUGAAGGCGAUAUUGAGGAGGAGGAAGAUGAAGUCUACUUGGGAGUUUACGAAGGAGGCAGAAAUGAAAAAGGGGAACGCCACGGUUUUGGGAAGACUAUUCUUCCUAACCACGACACUUAUGAAGGCAUGUAUGAAAAUGGGCUGAGAAAUGGUAAAGGCUAUUACUUAUUUAAAAAUGGGGCUCGCUACUUGGGUGAAUAUUUGGAUAAUCACAAACAUGGACAAGGGACGUUCUAUUAUCCUGAUGGUUCUCGUUAUGAGGGUUACUGGGUGGAUGAUAAAAGAAACGGUUAUGGAACUUAUUACUAUAUAAACGGGGACAAAUAUGAAGGAGAAUGGCGUGACCACCUUCGCCAUGGCAAAGGAACCUACACUUUUGCAGCUACUGGCUGUAAAUUUGUUGGGGUGUGGCGGGAUGGGUUAAUGGAUGGUUCAGGGGAGGUUAUCAACCCAAAGUAUCGGUUUCUUGGAACCUGGAGAAAAGGGCAACUUUUUGGUGAAGGGAAAUAUGUAUUUGACAAAUUGAAUUGCCAACAAACCGGUGAUUACUUAAUCCUUCCUGGUGAACUAGAGGAAAAAAGAAAAGGAGAGGAUGAAGGUUUUAGCGUCUCCCGUUGGCGUGCAAGGUCUAUUGAACUGACAAGAGUUGACGAACCAGCUACUGAGCUGGAUGUUAGCGAAAUACCGAGUCGAAACCAGAAGAAAAUCUUAGGCAGUAGCCAAAAGCCGUCGUGUGAAGAUUUUCAAGUUAAACGCGUUAAUGAAAAUGACUCCACCUGUACAGAAAAGCCUGUUAAUGUUGUUUCUUGUGAUGAUUAUAAUCCUCAAAACGUUAACAAUGCAUAUAAUGAGGCAGUAGAAGCUCUAUGUGAAGAAUUACCAGAUUUGUCUGAUAGUAAGGAGGUAGUUGAAGAAGGUGAUGAGAAAAAUGAGUCAACUAUACAGAAUGAUUCAUUGGAAGCAGAGCCCACGGUAAUGAUGGAGAGUACAGAACAGAUGGAGACGGAGGUCAGACAAAAAUAUAGGCGUUUGAUUACUGCUUCCUUGUUUAUCCAUGUUGGUGUGGAAUGUUGA